UAAUUUUCACACCUUUCAUUAGAAAAAUUUAGUUGAUUCUAAUUUACUUGAUAAAAAUGGCUUCUAAACUAGCCUUGUUCAUCCAAGGCCUCUUGGUCAUUGUUGUUUUAAUCUCUUCCAUGGGGGAAGCUAGAAAUUUGGUUGAGGUUGCAAUGAAGCAAAAUGAUGUGGAUAAUGUCAAGUAUUAUGCGAAAAAAAGUCUUACAAACAAAGGCGAUUCAAGUUCAGAUUGCUUCAUACCUGGUUUUCCUGGCAUCCCAGGAAUUCCAGAAAUACCAGGAAUCCCAGGCAUACCAGGAUUUCCAGGCAUACCAGGAUGGCCCGGUACACCAAAUACACCUAACACUCCUGCAUCACCAAGUCCAUCUACAACUCCAGAAACACCUGAUUCACCUACACCUAGCCCAGAUGAUUCACCUGCACCUAACACUCCUGCAUCACCAAAUCCAUCUACAACUCCUGAAACACCUGAUUCACCUGCACCUAGCCUAGAUGAUUAAACUUUCCGAUGUAGCUAAAUUAAUAAAAUAAGAAAAAUGCUAUAUAAUGUGAAUGCAUUCUCCCGAAUUCAUCCCGACCUUUAUUCGACCAAGCCUUUUUUUUUUACUCCGCCUUUUACUGAGACUUCUCAUGUAUUCCUGCCAUGUGCAACUUUUUAUUGGUUAGUUUUAAAUUUAUGAUGCGAUCGGGAUAAUAUUGAUCUUAUAGUUAUGUGAUAUUUAUGUAAGCAUAUUAUAAAUA